CGCUUCGGCAGUCCUCCUCUCGUCAUUGUAAACUGUCUGGGAUUUCCGCGUUUUUUCUCGCUGGCAGUUGGGCUACUGUAGUUAAUGGUUAAAAAAAAAAAAAAAAAAUUACGUGCAGCAAGUCACCUUAAAGCGGACAGCGUGAUUAAAUGUGCGAUUUAGCUUAAAUAAAAAUGCCCCCCGCCCCCCGGGAGCAGUAACAGUCUGGUUGGCCUCGGUUUGUGAGUUUCCUUGACAGAUGCCUCUUUGCAUACUGGCCGUGGUUUCAGUCCUCCUGAGUCAACAGCACAGGAAGUCUGCAUGACUGGCUUAAAGUAAACACUGACCCAACCCUGUUCCAUCUGAGGCUCGGCGUAAUAAAUGAGGGCAAAUGCAUCGCUAGGAAAUAUGGAUCAUGGAUUCUCACUAAAAAGUGGCAAACCUCACGUCCCUUCCUCUGUUGUAAAGAAGCCUGUUGGGACGGCGUGUUUCACCUGGCGCCUGGUUGACCUCUCACGCUUGACCUCUCACUGUGAGGCCAACAGUUCUAUGCUCUAUGGACAAAAGUGUGUGGACACGCCCGGGUUCUCCAGGUCAACGUGGGGCCGUUUUUAAUUCAUCAGUUUAUCCAUGGACCUUUAGCUGCCCCUCAUCAUGGCCUACCAGGCUGGGAUUCAAGAGGAGUCCAGUGUUUUAGUCCAGAACAUCAGCUCCAACAUCCAGAAGCUCACACUGCUGACCUCUGAGCUGCAGAGGGCAGUGUCUCAGCUGGGAACAGAGCAGGACACCAGCCAGCUAGGACAGACGCUGCAACAGAAACAGCAGCAAGGCAACCAGCUAGCCAAGGAGACUGACCGACUGGUCAAGGCAUUCACUUCGCUUCCUGUUGGCCCUGAUCAGCGGCAGAGAAAGAUACAGAAAGAUCGUCUGUUGAAUGACUUCUCCGCCGCCCUAAACAGCUUCCAAAAGACCCAGCGGCAGGCAGCUGACAAAGAGAGAGAGUUUGUGGCCAGAGUCAGAGCCAGCUCCAGGGUGUCGGGAGGCCAGCCCGAGGACAGCUUUGGAAAUGUGUCUCCAUUCCCACAUGAUUCCCAGGUGCAGGCUCAGUCUGAGGCCAUCACUGAAGAAGACCUGAAGCUGAUCCAGGAGAGAGAGUCAGCCAUCAGGCAGUUGGAGGCUGACAUCACAGAUAUCAAUGAUAUCUUCAAGGACCUGGGGAUGAUGGUGCAUGAGCAGGGAGACAUGAUAGACAGUAUAGAAGCCAAUGUGGAGAAUGCAGAUGUGAAUGUCCAGAGCGCCACCCAGCAGCUAGCACGUGCUGCAGACUACCAGAGGAGAUCCCGGAAGAAGAUAUGCAUCCUGGUGAUAGUGUUGGCUGUAGCUGCUGUUAUAAUAGGACUUAUCAUCUGGGGAGCUGUCAGCAAAUGAGGGCUUUUUCCUCUCAGUCAUCUACCUGCACAAAGGAUGAAGUACCGUCCUUCCUCUCUUCUGCCUCCUCCUUUUCUCGCCCCCCUCAUGAGGGGAAUCAUCGAGACUGUCUCUUUCUUCGGUUCGAUUAUAUUUUAAAGAUAUUGUAGUCCGCAUUCACAGUACUGCACACUCAUUCAAUGUGAAACAAAACUAGCGCUGGUAGCUUUAUUGUUUUAAUCAGCAUUAAUUGAAUUAUUUGGGUCUGAUUUAGGCAUGAUUUACUUUGACAGGAAAGUGUAAAGAUUUUCAUCCUCACUUGUUUGUCAGAUGGAGGAGUAAACGCAGGUGUUGGUGAUUGUUGCUGAGUAACUGUUGCUACUGCCCUGAUAAUGUUUAGAGUAUUUCCAUUGAGCUGAAUGUUAAAUAAUAUACAGUAGACAAUGCUUCUGGGUGCAAUGAAGCAGCAAGUGUCUGUAGGCAGGUAAUAGAGGAUUAACCUUCAGUUCCGUCUCUUCAAAAUGCCAUAUUUCUGUAGCUGCUUUCUUUUAUCAGGUUACAUAUGAAAAGGUCGUGUGUUGAAACUUUCUCCACAGUUAAACUAUGAAUCAAAUAGCCUAUGUAAAAUGAUUGCAAAUACACAAAAGCCAGUCUUGCAGCCUUUGCAAAAAUGUAGCCAAAGCACAUUUAGCUUAUUCUAACACAGUGCUCCGACAAUAUAGCCUUUUUAAACUAUUAUUUCCUGUACUUCAAGUUAUUAUGAAUAAAAAAAAUUAAAAGUUAAUUUCUGUUCAAAUUCACAUUGAAUUCCAAUGCUAACUGAAGAAGUACUGUACAUACACAUCAUAAAUCUUGUGGUUAGGAUAUUAGAUUACAUCAGCCAGUCAUCAGCCAAUCCCCUUACCAAAUAAUAAUGUGAAGAGUUGGUUGUUUAAGUAGGCGGGGUGUUUCCUUUGGCUAGACAAUUUUUUUUUUUUUAUUUUUUUUUAUUUUUAACUGCAUAGCUCAAAGAGAUUGCAUGUAUGUCAAGGAUAAUCUUUUUUAUUGAAUUAAAUUACCUAUCACACCACAGAUGAUUAUACACAAAGAAUGUAAGUGCAACUUGUACAGCAGUCAGUGCAGAUGAGGGUCAAGUAAUAGCUGGAGUUGUGGUUUAUGGUUUGUUUUAACCUACUUAGGUUUGCUUCAUUUAAAACCCCUGCACACCACAAAGGUGCACGUAGGUGGCCAUAGCUAUGACAAUCAGUUGUGGUCCUGAGGAUUGGUCUAAUCAGCAACAAUAUGUGGAAACACCUCUGUGUGCAGGAGCUUUACCCUGGUUCACAGAAAAGCAUUGACAGUCUUUUCAGUCUCUGUUUUUCUGUAACUAACUAAUUAUCACUUGUAUGAAGAAACCAAAACCUACUAAUACAAAUUACAUGAAGUUAGAUACAGAGAACAGUAAGAUAAAGCAAACACUAAUACUACUCAUGCCACAACUGUUUGACCCAGAUGUAAAAUUGUUAUCACAUGUAUGUUUUUAAUAUUAAGAUUUAGCUGCCUACCAUGUGCUGAAUAAAUUACCUGAAUUUACUGAACCUGAA